AUGUCUCGUUGUUUGCCUUAUCGUGUUGAAUGUACAGAAAAAUGCCUACAAGCUCAAAACGAUGCACUUAGUUCUACAUUUUUUAUUCUAAGACAAACAGGUCCAACAGCUUUCGUUAUUAAAGAAGAUAGUGAACGAACAUUUAAAGUAUUCUUAGGUGAUCCACAUCAAUGUACGUGUUCUUCAUUCCAAAUUAAUCGUGAAAUAUGUAAACAUAUAUGUUGGCUACUAUUAAAACGAUUUCGUGUACCAAGAACUAACCCAAUUCUAUGGCAGCGAGGUCUUGUCGAACGAGAAAUUAAUGAACUUCUUCGUGAAUUGACACAAGACAAUGAUGAAAGAAAUAGAUCAAAAUUUAAUUAUAGAAUAAAAGAUGAAGAUGAAAACGAUGCUGGUCGUCAAGUUGAACAGCGUCCAAUAAGUGAAAAUGAUGUGUGUCCCAUAUGUCAAGAAGAGUUACUAAAUAAAAAAUUGCCUGUUACUCAUUGUCGACGUGGUUGUGGUAAUAAUGUUCAUGUUAAAUGUAUGAAAAUUUGGCUUGAUCAUCAAGUAUCAACAGGAGAAAAACUAAUCAAAUGUCCGUUAUGUCGAGAAACAUUUGGUACUCCGGAACAAUUGAAACUAGAAUUUCAAACAAUUGGUGCUCAACAAGCUGAAAGAGCAUCGAUUCAUUUAGGUCAUUCAUGUCAUCGAUGUCAUGCAUGUCCAAUCACUGGCAAAUGUUAUAAAUGUACAACAUGUCAAGAUUAUUUUCUAUGUCAAACAUGUUUUAAUUUAAAUAUACAUAAUGAACAUAGUUUUGAUUAUCGAGAAAAAUCCUUUCAACACUGGAAAAUAGCAACACGUGAACAUUUAGCAGCACUACCCAAUGCACUUCAUCGAGUAUUAGCCAAUCGAGAUAUAAAUGAAAAUGAUUAUGAAGUUUUACUUCAACUUGAAAAUGCUCAAAAUGCUGCCAUUAUGGGUGUACCAGAGAAUGUCGUAAAAUCAAUGCCAACUGAACGUAUAAAUGAACAUAGUCAGUUGUUGCAAAAUGGUGAACAAUGCCGUUUAUGUUUGCGAUUAUAUCAAAAAGGUGAACGCGUUAGACGUUUACCAUGUCGACAUAAAUUUCAUAUUGAUUGUAUAGAUGGAUGGCUUUUACAUAGUCAUUGCACUUGUCCAAUAGAUGGACAACUUGUCUGGAAUGUUGAUGUGGCAAAUGAACAUCGAGAAAUAAAACGUCCUUCAUCUGCUGCUGUUCGAAAGUCAAGGAAGAAUAUUCCUCCUGCCACUGGUUCACCUUUACCUUCUGCUAAUAUGGGUUUAACAAUAGUGCCUUAUCAAGUACGAACAUCAACUCAUACCGAUCUCAAUCAACAAGUGCGACGUUUUCAUAUGCGCGCGCCUCUUCGUCCAUUAAUUGCACCAAUGUCUAUGAAAUUUUCACAACUUCGUGCUAUUAACUCUCAGAUUUUACCAAAUCCACAAGCAAAUCUAUCAUUAUCACAGGAUGUAGAUCAACGGCGAUUUCGCCGACAAUCAUUAUUAUCUUCGCCUUCUUUAGGAACAGAAAACAUUAGCCGAGUAAAUAUUGAAUUCAAUCAAUAUUCGACAUCAUCAACAAAUAUUUUUAAUCAUCGACUUCGCCAACGUAGUUGUUCAAGUGCCAAAUAA